UUUGUUUCAGAUUUUGUUUGUUAAUCACCGAUGAAUGACGAUUCUAAUAGUCUUCGAGAAAGGGUUCUCAAUUUGUUCAAUUUAUCACGGGGAGCCCUUACACAAAAGCAUUUUGAAAAGGAAUUUUCUGACGUAUCACUCACUACCAUCCUACCCAUCUUAAAUGCAUUACAAAAGGAGGGGAUGUUGGAUGUCUUGGUCAAUGCAGAUAGGACUUUAUCAUGGCAACUUAGAGAUCAAAAUUCGACUGAGAAGUUGAAAAGCUUAUCGGAUCUGGAAGAACGUUUGGUUUACAAUGCUGUACGUAACGCCGGUGAAGACGCUGCAUCACUGAAGCUAAUUAGUUCAGAAACUAAACUCCCUCAAAACCGCAUACCUAGGAUACUAAAAUCACUCAUUUCUAAGAAGAUGAUCAAAGAAGUGCCGAUGGCUGUUGGUCACAAGCAGAAAGUUUACUUGCUAAUGGAAUUAGAACCCAGUGAAAAGUUGUCUGCAAAUACAUUAUUCGCUGGGGAAUCUGGUGUGGAUGCAGAGUUCAUUUCUAUUUUGAGAACAGCCUGCUUGAAGUAUCUUCAGGAUAAGGCGAAUUCAGCCUCUCAUAUUGCUGAUCCAUUAGAACGUUGGCAAGCUUCAUAUGUUUCCUGUGAAGAAAUCCAUCGGUUUAUUACCAACACAAAAAUUUGCACGAUAACUUGCAUUUUUAUAUUUUGUGACAAACAACAAUCUUUAACACAAGAUAGUACCUCGAAUUUCAUCUCUAAUUAGUACGAAUUACUAACUACUACUGAACCUCUGGGCGAACAGACUGCCUGGUAUUCCGUACAAGAACGCUGAAAAUACUUCUUUUGCACUGGUUGUUUUCGCCUUCACAUCUAGUUUCAUUGGUAGACUUAGAAAAGCAUAUUCAGGUAUACUCAAAAUUAUACUGUGAAAGUGAUGAUUUAGAGUAAGAACAAGUUUUUAUAUCAUGAAAACUUUAAGUCUAUACACCAAUGAAUAGCGAGUGAUCUGUGCGUGGUAUUUUAUUUUCGUAGUCUAUAUACUUCUGGAUUGUUUUGCAGUUUUUUUACUUCCUGACGAAAUAAUCUCAUUUCGAUUUUUCAUAAAUUUAUAUGGUGUAAAUGUUCAUAUAUGUUUUAGCUUUUUAUGAUACAGUUAAUCGUCUCGAAUUUUUUUAAUUUCCUAUCUUGUGCAUACGAAAAACUUAAUUUUGUUAGUCAAAUACUAGCUAUUUAUCCUUGAUACUUUUCAGAAAGUGGAAAAUAACUCGUCAACAAACAUGACACGGUUGGGCAACUUUAUACAUGUCUAACGAUAAAGCGUAACAUUAGGCAAAUAUCUGUAUUCAUUUGCUGCAUAUGACCAAUUACUUUCUAUCUGUUAAUAUGUUAGUGGGUAUAACUCACAAAGUACAAGCUUGUAUUCUCAUUUGUAGGCUAGAUACUAAGUGUGUAUAACAUUUAGAUAAUUCAUAUUGUCUUCGUCGAUUAAUUCAGCAUCCUCUUGAAUCACCGAAUAAUGAUCUGAUUCAUGUAUGACAAUGCCUUCGAAUUAUUUAGUUGGUGGAUAUACCGAAUGCAUCGAUCAUGUGCUAGGAGAAAAGCACUUGUAAGUUGGGUGCUAUUUAGCAUUUAUAAAACGUUCACGAUAAAUAACUCUGGUGGGGAGUCGGCAUAUCUUCAUUUUGCUUAUUUGCUACAGUUUCUUGAAGAUGGAUUCGAUGUUAUCGUUUAAACCAUCAAGACAAUUAAUUUACCACACAUUUAGAACUCUAUUGUGUUUUGCAUUGUGGAAGUUAUUUCAUAAUCCCGUAUUUUCAGUGACUGAAUAAGUCAGAAAACAUAGACACAGUGGCCACAUGUUGUGGUUUAAGGGGAGAUAGAUCUGUGUUUUUCAAUAUUUCUAUAGCUGUUAUGUGAUAUUAUUUUUCGGUUUUCGAAGUAAUGAGUUAUUUCAGAUGGCUCAUCAGUAGUAUUUCCUCUUUGUUUAAUUUCAUCUAUGUGUUUUGAUGUUUGAAUGGACGGCUAAUAGUUCUUACAAGGUUUAUGUCUCUCUAAACGAACGUGAGUUCCCGUAUCAUUUCUAUAACACAUACCCCUUGAAUUUAUUUGAAGGUCUUUGGUUGGUAACAUUCGGCGACAUUGAUUGUCAAUCGGUAAUAAUAUUUACCUUUUAUUACACUUUAAUAUGUAUUUUUUUAAAAGAAACAAUUAGUAUUCAGAAGAUACGAGUCUGUUAGCUUUGGGUGAAAUUUCCCGUCCAUAAAAAGACAGUGGCAGUCGAACAAGUUGUGGAAUCUUUUUUCUGAUAAGUCAAAGUAUCAUAAUAUAGUUUACUGUAUUCUCAUCACUACUACAACUUUCUUACUCCAUAUAAACUUAAAGAUAGGUGAUAUCAUAUUAUUGUACGAAAACAUAGGCUUUGGCAAAUUAAGCCCAUUUUCC